AUGAGGGUCAUUUGUCUGGAGGAGCCUUAUGCUAAAUUCCGAGUCCAACAUGAACUCCAAGUCAAAGUCCAACUCCGAGUGUGCAAUCCGGCACGCCGUGUCGGUGAGGCCGUUGCACCGGGAGGCAGAGUGGCCACCGGUGAUGAAGCUGGUGUUGAUGUGGAUGCCAAUGCCAUGGCUUGUGGUGAGCAGGGCCAUGGCCAUCAUCACCAUCAUCAGCUUCAUUGCUCCUCCUGA